AUGUCUUAUGAUACCAUUCCGUCGAACGCGUCCCUCAAGCCGAAACCGUUCAAGGCGCACGUUUCGGACGAUGAGCUGAAUGACUUCAAAAAUUGCCUCAAGUACUCUCAUAUCGGACCAAAGACGUACGAAAACUUGACCGCAGAUCCCAAGGAAAUCCUAGGCUGGGGCAUCAAGAGAGAAUGGCUUGCGGAUGCGAAAGACCACUGGCUCAACAAGUACGACUGGCGCAAGACGGAAGACAGGAUUAACAAGCUGCCCAACUACACGGUCGGUAUUGAGGAUGUAGGGUUUGACUUCCAGGUCCACUUCAUGGCACUUUUCUCGAAGAAAGCAGAUGCUGUGCCCUUGACUCUGUUGCACGGUUGGCCUGGCUCGUUCUUGGAGUUCCUUUCCACGGUAGAGGUCUUGAAGGAGAAGUAUACACCUGAGACCCUGCCUUUCCAUGUCAUUGUGCCUAGCUUGCCAGGAUACGGUUACUCAAACGGCCCGCCACUUGACAAGGAUUUCGAUUGUGAGGGUAUUGCCAGGGUUAUGGACAAGCUAAUGGUCGGUCUUGGCUUUGGGAAGGGCUAUGUCACGCAGGGUGGCGAUAUUGGCAGUUUCGUGUCGAGAAUUUUGGGUGUCAGUCAUGAGGCUUGCAAAGCUGUGCAUCUCAACUUAGCCAUCGGUGUCGGCGAAUCCAAGGACGCACCCUAUGACAAGCUCACAGAAGCGGAGAAAAAAGGUGCAGACCGUGGGAAGCACUUCAGCUGGCUUGGAGACUCGUAUGCCAACGAGCACGGCACUCGCCCAGCCACUGUCGGUCUGGUCUUGGCAUCUAGCCCCGUUGCUACUCUAGCUUGGAUCGGCGAGAAGUUCAUCCAAUGGUCAGACGUCGCCCCACCUCUCGAUGAGAUCUUGGACUCUGUGACACUCUACUGGUUCACGGACAGCUUCCCACGCGCCAUCUACCCAUACCGCCAAUUCUUUGGUCCUAAGCCUUCGUUCUUUCAUCCAGAUCCGAACUGGUAUAUCAAGAAGCCAAUGGGCUACUCGUGGAACCCACAGGAGCUGGCUGCCGUGCCAAAAGACUGGGUCAAGGAGACGGGCAAUAUGGUGUGGUACAGAGAACAUACUGAGGGGGGGCACUUCAUGGCUAUGGAGACCCCUAAGGCGUUUGUCAAGGAUAUGGAGGACUUUAUCGCGCAGGUCUGGCCGGAUAUUCAAAAGGGCAAAUUGUAG